GAUUUGCCUACUUGCUUACUUGAAUCCCGUAAUAAAACCUCACGGCGGCGGUGGUGUAACACAUAAUGUAACUGGUCAUGUUAUUACAAGUACACGUGACAUAAUGAUAACCAUCACAAGUACACACACCUCCCAGUACAACAUGACGUACUGUACAGUGUGUACUGUGUGAUGAUGAUCCCCGCUAUAAACUGCCGUGAGCUGAUGAGAGUGAGAAUUGCACAUGUGGACACCACCACAACACUAAGAUCAGGGCUCCCUCUCUCCACGUCUCUAAUAUUCUACAUCUCUCUUGUUUAUACGUGUCGUCUCCACGUCUCAAAUACUCUACAUCUCUCGUGUUUAUACGUUUCGUCUCCUGACAUUUGUUGUAUCUCCUUGUUCUGGAUUGCAGUACUUAGUCCCUGCUGGAUUGUUGUACCUAGUCCCAGCUGGAUCUCGACAUUUUCACCGCCUGAUCGUAGAUUUUCAACACCUUCAAACAGUUCUCAGCAUCUCACAUUCGCGCAACGAUCACUGUUGCUUGGCAACUGUAUAAGACUCGAGGCUUGUCCCGCAGCACUAUGGUGAGAUUUGAAGAUGAGGAUGAUGCACCCCUGUUAGGGAGGGUAAUACCAAACCCUGGCAUCUUGAAAAUGAAGAAGAUCAGACUCUGGAUAGCGGUUAUUAUUGUGGUUACUGUGGUCGGGGCUUUGUUCUUGGUAACCAGUACGAAGAUUCAUAAUCAGAGCAGGGCGUACAUGAUCGGCCAGUACAGAGUUAAAGACACUAAGGUUGAAGAUAGACCUUUGUAUAGCGAAGGAGGAUUCAACGACUUUGUUGGGAUUAACGAGACGGACCCACACGGUCCCAAACUGAUAGGAGUCAAGCAUGUGUCGAAGAGCAAAAACGAGGGGAAGAGUUCGGACGACGACUUUUUGCUGUUUGAAGCCACUGUUGAGAUCUUGGACAACAAGAUGCACUACAGGGAGGCCAGUAAUGGUUGGGUUCCUAAACUAAACGUGAUAUUGUUCCACGGGGAACACUUCACAUCAGCCAUAUGGAACGAUAUAGGAACUCUAGAGGACCUGGCUAGUAGUGGGUACAGAGUGGUAGCUCUGGAGCUGCCGGGUCAUGGACUCUCAUCUCUGGAUCCUAAGUUGAGACCUGCUGAGUUUAUAAAACUAUUCAUUCAGCACUUGGAUCUGUACCGACCUGGAGUGGUCCUCUUGAGUGCAGAUAGUAGCAAUACUGCCACUAUGGAGUACCUCAUACGAUACAGCAAGCACAGUCCUCUUCUUAAAGGGUACAUCAACAUAGAUUCAGCAAACAAUCAAUACACAGAUAUGCAACGAAUCACAGCGCAGACUAUCAAUGCUCAAGUUCUCUUUCUUUGUGGCGGAAAGGAUGCAGAGUGUUUGACAAGUUCCCACGACUGGUCACGCUACAUCACCAGCUCCCGAGUACACUCCUUCUCUAACGCCUACAAGGAGUUCUAUAACGAGGACCCUGUAGUUUUCAACACUGUCUUGAAGCGCUUCCUCGAGUACUUGUCCAAAUCAAACGAUUCGUGAUGUCUCUUUUCUCACGUUUCUCACUCUCACACGACCCCGAACACCUAAUUCUGAUCUUGUUAAUCAGACACAGACCUCAACCGUGAUCAACUCUGUCGUCAUGACGACACCUCCCCGCCACGUGCUCUCCACGUGCUCUCCACGUGCUCUCCACGUGCUGUGGUGGAGCGGACUAUACUGACCAUCACCGUUAACUAAGGUUGCUGAUCCACUCCAUCAUCUCCUGAGUUACCCUUUAUACAUGAUGAACUAUAAUCGGGUCCUCCCGAUCCGGUCUUUGUGGAAACUCCCUUUUGUAUCAAGCUUUUCAGGGCCACCAGCGCCUGAGGGUUGAUUUUUAGAUUGACGACGUAACUUAACUAGCCGAGUCUAGAAACCUUACAAAAUAUUAAUUGAUGGUACCUAUUCGGUUUUAAACAGUUGACUAUGUAUUUAGAGACUAUUUUUCGUAAUUUUUGUAAAAUAUACAAUAAAUAAAUUGAAGCACAAAUUAUUUGCUAUGAACAAAAUAUGUUUCUAUGUUUAAAAAGCAGCAUUGGACUAAAUAUUGAUC